GUGAAGAAGUCGAGGUGUUGAAGAUGACUGGAGCAGCUGAGCCGCCACGACACUGAUGCUCACAACACUGUACUGCUGCACACACUCUGACGGGAAUUAUUGUGACUGGCGAUUGAAAUUAUUCCUCGAAAAUGGCAUUAGAGAUGAUGAUGAGUGGGCCAGACUACAUGCGGGAUCCCAGGAAGCAUCAGUUCAGCCCUUACGCUAAUAAUGGCGGCACAUCUGUGGCCAUUGCUGGUGAUGACUUUGUGAUGAUUGCCAGCGAUACCCGUUUAUCUCGAGGGUUCAACAUUUUCUCCCGUGAGCAGGAUAAAGUGUUUCCACUGACACCAAAGACCAUGAUGGCUUCAUCAGGCUGCUGGGCAGAUGUGCUCACUCUCAACAAAGUGUUACAAGCCAGACUUACGAUGUACUCGCAUGAACACCACGACAUGAUGUCUACUACAGCUGUUGCCCAGCUGCUAUCAACAAUGCUAUACUGGAGGAGAUUUUUCCCAUAUUAUGUCUCCAAUAUUCUUGCUGGCAUUGAUGAGGAAGGUAAGGGUGUGGUUUAUCAUUAUGAUCCUGUGGGACACAUGGAAAAGUUAACAUUUAGUGCAACUGGAGAAUCAGUGUCACAGAUUCAGCCUCUUCUGGAUAAUCAAAUUGGAGGACUCAACAUGCUGGGGGUGAAGCCGCCUACAAUGACUAAGGACCUUGCACGUCAGCUUAUCCAUGAUGCUUUUGUCUCAGCAGCAGAGCGUGACAUAAAUACUGGUGAUGGUAUAAUCAUUCAUACUAUCACUAAAGAUGGGAAAACUGAGGAAACAGUAAAACUUCGCAGGGAUUAAUGUUUUAAUUAUUUUGUUUGACUAACUGUCUUUAGCUGAAUAUUGUUCUUAAGAUACACAUAAAAAGAACUUUUUAAACAUAAACUUGUCAGGAUUUUUUUUUUUGUAAAAAUAAAGAAAUAUAGAACU